GGCGGGCACGGUAACCGCAGCCUCCCCGCCGCGGCCGCGCAGCGGGCCCGGGGCACAGACCCAGCACCGGAUGUUGCUAUGAGGAAAGGAGUCAGCAAUGACUGAUGUGGAGCCUGUGGUCACAGAUUUUGCAGCAUCAGGUCGGGCAGGCCGCCGGAACGCCUUACCAGAUAUUCUGGGCUCUCCUGCUGGUGCUGGGACUUCGGACUUGCCACACAAACUGGCUAAGCUCUCUGUUUCAGAAGAUGAAGGAGCAGAGGGUGGAGAAGUGCCAUCAUCCAAAGCCUUGCUGGAAAGUCAAGAGAUGGAAGGAAAAAGCAAUGAUUCCUAACACUUAAGGACUACUGGAUCAAGUAAAUCCAUCAAUAGACUUUCUAGUUUCCCUGUGUCAUCCCUUCUGAAGUGUGGUAGCAACUUUAGUGGCACAGACAAGAUUUUGCAGCACACUUGUACCUAGAUGACAUUAAUGUGGAACUACUCUUUUUUCUAUUGUCAUCCUUCAAAACUAAUGUUCUACACAUCCAAAUGGGAAGAGAACUAAAGAAUGUACCUCUUGUUUUGUGUUUUCUCAUGGCUAUAGUACUCAUCCUAAAUAAUCUUCUUUGACAGUUUCAAUUCAUAUACUGAGUAGACGUACCUACCACCAGAUGAUGGCGUCACAAUAAAAAUCCUGGGUUUUAAUUUCCCAAAUAACUUCUGUCUCUCUGACACACAGGUGUAUUCACUCUCCCCAUAUGAAGUUGGUGUGAAGUAUUUACUAGGUUACAGACAUUAUCUGUAACUUAUCAAUUUAUCUCCAAAAUUUUUUUUCUCAAUAGAGUUAUGUAGAUGGGUGUGAGAGACAAAAAAAAAAAAAAAAGAAAAGAAAAGAAAAGAAAAAAAAAGAAUAUUUUCCUCUCCUCCUGUAUCCAAAAGGUUUUUGUAAACUACUUAAAUACCAAUAUUUGUUUUCAAGCUCCCUUUUAUCUAUUUGAUUAUGACAGACUAUGUCAGUUCUCCCACUCUUAGCAUUCUUGCCAGUUCUGUCAUUUCUGGUUUCAGGCUGAAUGUUGUGACUGUUCAUGUGUAUCUAAAAUAAAGUAGUCAUGUUUGUAAGUGAUUAAAAUUGUUCAUUCUCAC